UGCUUGAAUCCUUCGCCCAUAAAGUAUUCAAUAUUCAGUCUUACUGGCCAAUAUGACAUGGAUGAUCUACGGGCUGUUCAUGACGUAUGGGACGAAAGAGUGAAAGGUGAAUCCGCGUUGUCGCUUGAGGAUAAACAAUUUGUCUAUAUGAUUUUUAUGAAAAAGCUUUUACAAGAAAAUGAAAUUAAGGAUAUUUUCAUUUAUAAAAAUUUAAUAGUUGGAAAGUAUAAGUCGUUAGACUUUAUGGUAAAGUGCUUAAUAUUAGAAAAUCAGGUCUUAGUUUUUCCAGUACAUGUCAAAACUUUUCUAAAAGAGAUGGAGGAAAGACCAAGGGAGGUUCACGGGUUUUUAGUAUGUAGCUCUCCGUUUUCGAAUCAGGUAGUUGAAGUAGUUAGAAAACAAAGUAGAGUUUUUAUAUCCAAUGAAAAUGAGCUUUCAAAUAUAAUCAAAGACGUCGAAACGAUUUCAACGGAAAGAAGAAUCAAAAAGCUUGAGGAAAUUAUUAGGGAGAAGGAUUCCAUCAUCGAGGCUUUAAAGAAAGUUGCUUUUGACAAUAAUCUUUCUGAAGAGGAGAAGAACAAUAUAAAAGAAUCUCUUUUUUGA